AUAUUUAGGGUUUUCCAAGCCGGAAUGCUCAGCAGUGCGAAAAGCGUCGAGCAGUGCAGGAGCAGACCGAGCCGACAUUCGAAACCGAGACGAGGAUCUGUCGUCGAUUGGCUUAAUGGCCUCUCCGAUAACAACACCAGGGAUAACGAAUGGGAAAGUGCGUGCUCGUCACCCCGUCUAACUCGACAUGGAAGUGUCGUUUCCAUUGGCGAAACUCAGCCGGAUGAAGCGACUUUACACCGUCUCAAGCUGCUCACAGCUCUCAAAAAAGAGGUCAAAGUGAUUAUGGAAGAGGCUGUGACGAAGCGGCAAAUCGACAUCAAUUCACCCUAUGUCACUUCCUUAUGUGUAGCCGUCGAAAAUUGUCUUAUGGAUGGACUUCGACGUCGACUUCUUGGCCUAUUUGGCAACCGUACAUCUCUCGCCUUACUACAUACCAUUGCCAAGACAAACCCAGUGGCUGAGCAAGUCUUGGUGAAAACUUUGGAAAGGAACUCAGAAACCAGCUCAUCUCAUCCGCUGACAUGGAUUCGAGAAGCGCUCCAUAUGCGUGUGCUUUCACAAAUUGCACAUCAUAUUACGACAUGCACAAGCCUGCGAAGAUUAUACGAAAACAAUGCGCUGAUGUUGGAUCGAGCCAAGGGAGGCAUGGUCGCCGCGCUUCUACUGGGUCCAUGUGCGGCAACUUACCGUCGUAUGGGUGAUCAUCGUGAGCGAACCGCCGAAGAACUCGUACGUGGGUGUCGACCAGUGAGCACAACUCGUCCGCCAUUAUCUAUCACCAGACGUGGCAGCAGCAUCGUCAGCAGCAGUGAACAUACUCCAUUGAGCAGAGAUUUUGUCUACUCCUUACACCACAAUUUCAAAUCCUGCCUCCUAUAUGGCAAAAACAACGUCGGUGUUGCAAACGGAGAAGCUCCGGCCGUCAAAGGAUAUUUGUCCUUACAUAAAAGCUACGAAGGUGUCCUAUCUCUGAGAUGGACUCCUAAUCAGCUAAUGCAUGCCAGCUCACAGCCUUCAUCCGCCACCGUUAAAGAGUCCGAGCAGCAAUGGCUAUGGAAACAGGCACUAAGCAUAGAUAUGGAAGAUAUAAUCUACAUACAUCUGCAUCAGAGAGACGACUCGUCACCGUCGACGUUGACGCUCGUCAACUGUGACGGCGUGCAGUGUCCGCCGUUGCAGAUGUCAGCCGGCCAGCACUCACUCGUCUUCCUGACUUCUCUGGAAGCUGGACUUGCGCCAACACACCGCCUUGAUCCGCCUCUAUGGGGAGGACCCGGCAAAGAAAAAACUCUGCCUCGCUUGCGAAAAAGGACCACUGCAGUGGGAAACGGAGCCAUGCUGGACUAUGUGUUUCGGAUUGUUCGUAUUGGCGGAGCUGAAUUUCUGAACGAUUAUUCUCAACACAGCGACGACCGAAGCCCAUCACCGACGAGUCAAAGCAAAUCACUCCCCGCUUCCCCCUACGUGAACACUGGAAAUGCUGUAGAUAGCCUUGUGAGUUUACAAAUUGACCGUGCUUGCCAGUCAAUGCGACAUCAAAUCCUUGCUCGAGCCUUCUUUGGAUGGCUCUCCUACUGCCGUCAUCUACGUACCGUAAGAAAACAUUUGCUAUACUUAGUGGAUACGAGAGAAAUGACCGGGGAAGGAAGUUGCGAACCAGUUGAUGAAGAGUUCUGGAAGAAAUGUCGUGCUUUGAGAACGCCCGAACUCGAAGAAGAAUUCUUACUGAGAGUUUAUUGGAAAGGAAUAGAAGGUACAUGCACAAAGGAGCUGAGACAACAAGCUUGGCCAUAUCUUCUGAGGCUCUUCCGAUGGGAUGAGGAUCCAGAACCAAAAAUGACUGAAUUUACUGAAAAAUACAGAGAGGAUGUCGACGGUUGGCGGGUGUUAGAAGAGCGAGUACGUCGUCAAGACGAGGAGGACUUCAUUGCUGCGCGACACCGUAGGCCGUCAUUUACCGAACGAGAGUUGUCAGUCGUAAGUGACGUCUUCGAAGAGGAAUGCGAAGAAAAUGGAGUGCAAGAGCGGCAACAAUCUCAUGAUGCUGAAGAACUGCUAUUCCGGCAAUUUGCUGCCAAUUUACAUCGAAUUGAUAAAGAUGUGGAGAGAUGCGAUCGAAAUUUGAUAUUCUUCUCCAACAAGGAAAAUUUGGAAAGCCUUCGAAGGAUAAUGGUCACUUAUGUACGUAGAAAUCUCGAUGAUGGCUAUAUCCAAGGAAUGUGCGACAUACUCGCUCCACUUCUAGUCAUUUUUGAAGAUGAAGCACUAACACUUGAAUGCUUUACGGUGCUAAUGGGUCGUUUACGAGAGAACUUCCCUCAGAGGAGCGGCAUGGAUCAUUGCCUUAUGAAUCUUCGCUCUCUGAUUCAGGUAGUCGACCCGCAAAUAUUUUCCAUGUUGACGUCUACAUCGGACUUUACUCAUCUCUACUUUAGUUAUCGAUGGUUCCUUCUGGAUUUCAAAAGAGAACUAUCAUACGACUGCAUUUUCCGAGUCUGGGAGGCUAUAUGGGCAGCAUCCAGAACAUAUACCCCUCACUUUCCUUUAUUCUUUGCACUAGCUAUGAUCACAAACUAUCGAGAUGUAAUCAUCGGGAACAACAUGGACUUUACCGACAUGAUCAAAUUCUUCAAUGAAAUGGCCGAACGCCAUGACUGCACUCGGCUACUUGCCGCAGCUCGUUCUCAUGUGAAAUGCCUCCAGAACCUGGUACAACAUCUUCGGUAGCGAUCUGUCAA